GUUUGAGUGUCGAAGGAUUUUAGGGUUUUUGAUAAAUUCAGACACUGCAAUUUACACCUUUUCCUCGUUGUUGUGUUUCAGUAGCUGAAGAGAGAAGAAGGCACAUGGCGAGCGAAAAUGUUCACGCAGCUGCAAGGUCCGGUAAUCUUCCUUCACUGCAGUCAAUUCUCGCCUCCAACCCUCUCGCCGUCAAUUCCAGAGACAAGCACUCCAGAACUCCACUACAUUUAGCGGCAUGGUCUGGCCAAACGGAGGUGGUGAAUUUUCUCUGUAGCCACAAGGCGGAUGUUGGUGCUGCUGCUAUGGACGAUAUGGGUGCUAUACACUUUGCUGCCCAAAAGGGACAUUUGGAGGUCGUUCGCACUCUGCUUUCGUCUGGGGCUUCUGUAAAAGCUUCCACUCGCAAAGGCCUCACUCCGCUGCACUAUGCUGUUCAAGGGUCCCAUGUCGAGCUUAUCAAGUAUCUGGUAAAGAAAGGUGCCAAUCUGAGUGCGAAGACAAAAGCUGGGAAGACCCCUCUUGAUCUUGCUAACAGCGAUGAUGUCCGCUCUUGUUUAGAAGAGUGUGAAAGGUCAUCCAAGACAGAAGAUAUGGAUGGUAAACAGAAAGAUAAAGAAUCUGAUCCAAAGACAUCCGUGCAGGAAGAAGUGAAACCGGAAGGUGGAGCUGCAACCUCUGGGAACAAUAAACAGGCUGAGGAUGAAAGUCUGAAGCGGAAGGGAGACAAAAAUGACGCUGAGGAAGCCGCAGGGGAACGUAAAAAGGCCAAAGUUGCACUGAAUCAUCUUCUAACUGCCGAUGAUAUGCAAGACGAGGAGGAAUGAAGCUUCUAGAAGAGACUAGUGUGGUAGAACGACCUUAGUCAAGCAGCUAACUGCUGUAGCCUAAGCAACAUGUAGCUCUUUGUACUACGUUUAUAGGGUAUCAACGGUUAAAGACUUGUUAGAAAGUGUGUUCUUUUUUUCUCCGUCUUCCAAAUAAAACUGUGUUUCAAAGUCGUUCUCUGUUGCCUUUUA